AUGACCACCCCGUCACCCGUUGGAGCCUUUGCCUGGCCUGGUAGUCCCAGCGCCGUUGGAACGAUGAUAGCCACUCCUGAGAUCAAAAUACCAGACCCUGUCUACAAUGGCCUGGGCUUACAGACCGCUCGCAACAGGAACAACCGGACAAGAAAUCAGUUCCGACCCAGGGCGGCAGGCAAAGGUGGCGCCACGAGCUACCAGCUACGACAAUAUGCCGAGGCGACCCUGGGCGGUGGGAGCCUGAGGAAGGUAGUGAAGCUUCCGGAGGGUGAGGAUGAGAACGAGUGGCUUGCUGUCAACAUGGUGGAUUUCUACAAUCAAAUCAACCUGCUAUAUGGCGCCAUUACAGAGUUCUGCUCGCCGCAGACAUGUCCAGAGAUGAAGGCAACGGAUGAGUUUGAGUACCUUUGGCAGGAUAACGAAAACUUCAAGAGGCCGACGAAGAUGGCUGCCCCAGCAUACAUCGAACAACUGAUGUCAUGGGUCCAGGGCAGCAUCGAUAAUGAGCAAGUUCUGCCCAGCCGCAUCGGUGUUCCAUUCCCCAAGACAUUCCCAUCCCUUGUUCGCCAGAUCUUCAAGCGCAUGUACCGAGUUUACGCCCACAUCUACUGCCACCAUUACCCAGUAGUUCGUGAGCUCGGUUUGGAGCCGCACCUGAACACGAGUUUCAAGCAGUAUGUCUUGUUUAUCGACGAACAUAACUUGGCGAGCGGAAAGGACUACUGGGGACCCUUGGGCGAUUUGGUGGAGAGUAUGCUUAAGAGUGACUGACAUAUCUCGGACCCAACUCGACUGGGACUUUCACCAUAAUUGACCAAGGGCGCUGGAUACCUUGAAACUACGCCGCUGAGGGUUCAAGAUCUUUACUUGAAUCGGUUAGGUCUUUUUCUCGCCGUCUUUCUUUCUUGCUGGCUUUGCAUGGGGCGUUGGGUUGGUUGCAUUUAUACAUAUGAGGUUACGGUAGAUGAUAGGCAUGAAACUACUGUUGGGUUUCUCUUGUUGAAAUAGACUGAGAUGAACGAUCUCUGAAGUGUUUUUGAGCUUACAGGCAUCGCGAGGCAAAAGAUCUUCGGUCUCACUUGCCUACCUACGGGUGAUAUAGCAAGCGACAGUCUUUAUACCUUUCGACUCAACUAGACUGCCUGCUUUCACUCAUGUGAUUCUGCUCAAUAUCAUGGGAGCUGUGCGCCGGAGAUCCUUGGUCCCGACUGGCCGUGGAGGAUGGGUUUCGCUCUGUUUCUUGGUGUUGCUGGGAAUGAGUGGCGUUUAAUUCACUUCAUUGGGUUAAAAAAUACAUACCUA